AUGGCGGAGGCACCAGCAUCCCCAGCGCAAACCGACUUCCGCGCGCUGCGGUCUCAGAACUCAACUCACUCUCUCGGCGACGCGAUGGUCUCCACUCAGUACGAGUCCGUGGAGGACAAGGGGCUCCGCUCUAUGACUACCCGACGCAAAGCGCUUAUUGCUGCGGUUGUGUUGGUUGCAGUGGCUGCAGUGAUCGCGGUUAUUAUCGUGCUGGUUAACUCGGACGACGAUGACAAUUCGUCAGAUGACAGCGCCACAAUUACUGCGACCAGCUUGCUGGCUCUGUCUCAUGUUGCUGUUACCAAUGUGACUCUGGUGAGUGCGACGUCGGAUGACGAUGCCAAGGACUCAUGUGUGGAGCUCGAGUGGAUCCCAACGGGUGUCGAAUGGACAACUUCGAGUGGAAAUACGAUUUCGUUCUUAUGUAUGCUGCAGAGCGUGGAAGCCACCAGCACUGAAGACGUUGGUGCAGUCGAUCUGGACGCGAUCUCUGUCAUGCGACGCAUUGUGGUUGUAUCGGAUGCCGAGAGUUGUCCGUCAAAUAUGCAGAUGGUCGCGAAUCCCAGCGCUAAUUUAUUUGUCUGCGUGGAGUUCCUCUCGGCGAGUACUGCCUUUGACACUGAGCAGUAUGUGGUGGAUAUCAUGACAACGACCGAGUCUUUUUACAACCAUGAUACGCCAGGAUGGAUCACUUGGCCUGCUGACCUCAAGAUGGAAUCAAGCGCUUCAAGCGUGUAUCUGAGCGCUCGCUAUCCGGUCCGCCCUAUUGUAGCGCUUCAAGUUCUAACUGAUGUGUCUACCGACACCGUUUAUUCCACAUGUGAUGAGCUGGAGCCUCAAGGAGAAUGGGAAACCCCGGGAUUCGUGCUCAAGUCUUCUGACGGUGCUGCGGUUAACACCGACUCCAGUGACGUCAUCAUCUGCGUUCAACGUCCACUAGCAAAUGCGACUGGUUCAUUCUCGGUCUUGACAGACCUCAAUGUGGUUCUACCGACCGAUUCCUGUCCAGAGGCAGGCAGCAACAGCACAGAAAUCACGAGUGACCAGAUGAAAUUGUGCGCGGAAUGGGGAGUCGUUGACUUUGGCAGUAGCAGCUCUAACUCUUCAGUUUCCAGCGAGGCAACUUCGUCCUUUGUAGCUGAGCUGGCACUCUACGAAACUUCUCAAGCUGAAGGCGCGGAUUUCAACAUCUCGUCGACAGUUCCUGGUAACUGGGACGUCGUUGGAAACGAGAAUACGGGCUCCGUUCAAACAUUCUUCUUGGCGAGGAAAUAUGAGCCUUUUGUUACGGAAUCGUCGAGUUCUGGCAGCAAUGAUAACGAAGUUUCAUCGUCAGUGGAAGCGAUUGCCUCGAACUCUAGCGAGACCCUAUCGUUCAAGGUGCUCCAAAUUGCAGACAUGCAUCUAACGGGUAACCCUGACUACGCGUGUUCAGAAGCUCCUAGCAACAUUCGUGCCAGUCUUUUAGCUGCAGCGUCGAUUAUCGCUGAAGAAUUGAGGGAAGAAAGCAAUUCAUCGAGUUCGGUACGUGCUGGCGAAGACAGCGACCCAAUGUACAACGAAUGUCGCGAGGCGCUUACCGUUGCGUUCCUCGACGAGCUUCUGGACAUUGAGCAGCCCGACUUUGUGGUGUUCACGGGUGACAACGUCCAGACGGAUCUAGAUACCACGAUGCAUACGUUCGCGAUGAAUAUCUUCUCUGCGCGUGUCGAGCGUCGAGGAAUCCCAUGGGCUGCAGUGUUUGGCAACCACGACGCUGAGGGAGGAUUGUCACGGGAAGAAAUGCUGGAGUUGAUGGUAGAGGGAAAGCAAUACUCGCAUGUCAAAUACGGGCCACGCGACAUUGGCGGCGUUGGCAACUACGAGGUCAACGUUGUGGCACCAACUAAUGGUCCGUGGGGUGUGCAGGGGUCCACGGUGUUCCGUAUGUACUUCUUGGACUCGCAUGCUACCAUCGACACGGCAACAUACCCUUUAAUUAACGAUGCGUCCGACUACGACUGGAUAAAGGAGUCUCAGAUUGCGUUCUACCGAGAACUAGCAGAGUCUCAUGCUGCUGAAGUGUAUACUAGCGACAACAACUCGUCGGUGAAUGGCAGUGUGCCUGCAGUCAUGUUCUACCACAUCCCAGUGCCAGAGUACGCAAUGGCCUCGACGUUGAACCGGAUUGGAGACAAACACGAAGCUACUGCGAGUGCUGAGGUGAAUAGCGGUUUGUUUUCAGCUCUCGUUGAGAUGGGGGACGUCAAGGCUACCUUUGUGGGCCAUGACCACAUCAAUGAGUACUGCUACUUGCGUCAAGGAGUUCAGCUAUGCUAUGGUGGAGGCAUUGGACUCGGCAGAGCUUACGGUCUCACCAGCUUCGAACGACGUGCACGAGUGCUUGAAUGGACAUUCAAUGCCAACCAGACACGCACGUUGCAGAGCUGGAAACGGCACUUCGACGAUCCCACACAAAUCCAGUCGCUCGAGUUGCUCUACUCGGAAUAG